CCGGGACCCCUCCGCCCCUGGCCAUAAGAAGCCAGCGAGUCUCUGGGGUGGCCGGCCGCCUUGCAUCGCUGUGCCACAGCCCCGCUGCCAGCAGGGAGCUGGAGACAGGCCUGCAGGCAAGAAGAGCAGAGGCGAGACUGCCUGUGACAGAGGGGACAGCAAAACCUUUUCUGGAGCUCCAUGUGCAAAAAUGAAACCCCUGCCCACCCCUCUCCCACACAAGGAGAACAAAGCAAUGGGUUAAGCAGCGGGAGCCAAAGAAGAGGCGAAGUUUCAACACGUUACCUGCUAGCCAGGGCCACACUGUGACCAUGUCUGAGCUGGAGAAGGCCAUGAUCGCCAUCAUUGAUGCCUUCCACCAGUACUCAGGGAAGGAGGGAGACAAGCACAAGCUGAAGAAAUCAGAACUGAGGGAGCUAAUUAACAACGAGUUGACCCAUUUCCUUGGCGAGAUCAAAGACCAGGAGACUGUGGAUAAAGUCAUGGAGGCACUGGACAGUGAUGGGGAUGCAGAGUGCGACUUCCAGGAGUUUGUAGCCUUCAUUGCGAUGGUCACCGCUGCUUGCCAUGAGUUCUUCGAGCACGAGUGAGUUGGUGGGAAGCAGGCAAGCACCUCCUGCUCAAGCUGGAGAGACGCAGAGCAGCAUUGCUCCUCCAGGAAAAAGACGGUGCAAUUAGGGGCUCCUUGGAGUUAAGCUUGUGCUAGACUUAAGCAGCUUAUUAAGUUCUGUGUCUUUGUGAAUGGCUCAAGAAAGCCCACCUGGCUGGAUAUGGUGUGGAAACGCCUUGUCCCCAGCUCCUUCACUGCUGCUGUAUGCAAGGGACAUGCACGGGGCUGGAGGCAGGCAGACGCUGUGAUCCAAGACUGCUUGCAAAGAGAAAAGGGAAAUUUAAGGUCUUAGGUAGGAGGUGAGGGCAGAGGGGGUGGUUACAGAAGUCUGGUUCUGAGCCCACUGGCCUGAACAGAAAGGCUCCUGUUGAUUCCUGUGGGCUCUGACCACCCUGUGCAUGGUACUAACCCAGGCAGCACGGUCCCUUGCCCAGUCACAGGGGCUUAGCAGAGCCCACGCAUUUCUUGGCAAAUUGGGACACCCUUGGCUUGAAAGGCGAAGCAUAACAAUCUAACAGCUCAGGCUUUUCUCGUCCAUGAGUCCUCUUGCUUUUAACAUCCUGCAGAAUGGGAAGUGAGUCUCUGAGGCUCCCCGGGCUGGGGACAGCUUCCUGGCCUGGGAUGUGCCUUGGUAGGGCCUCCAGGCUCAGCCAGAAGGGAAGGGGGGGAUCCGCCCAGUGCGACCGCAGUGCUUUGACACAGGCCAGGCACAGCCUCCAGUGUGUGGAAAUAGUGAGAAUAAAAUGGUAUUUUGGUCUCUGGGCUGCAA